CCGAGACUCAAACUUCUGCAGCAUCGAGGAAAAAUUAUGGAAGCUUCGCGUCCUCGAAUCAGACUCAGCCUGUGUAUUCAUUUUCCCAUCCCCAUACACCUGGAGCACGGCAACCCUCGUGCAGUUUGAAUUCACUUACCCCGUUGCAUUUGCAUGCACAUAACAACUCAAUCACCGCUUUAGAAGAGAAAGAGAAGGAGGAAAACACCUGCACGUACGAAAAGUUGCAUUUGAGCUUCGGGACAAGGACGGCCAUGUUCACUCGCCGAAGCAUCGAAGCAAGAGCAGCGAGAUAAUGACGCAACCGCCCGGAGGAGGGGAGGACGGCGGCGGGGGCGGGUCGAGCUUCUCGGGAGGACCGCUCACAGGAGCGUCCGCCGCCUCGUCGUCCUCGAGAGUUACGAUAAACAGGACGGAUCACGAUAGAGACGACUACGGCUUGAGAAUUAUGACGACUGGUUGCAGCAGCAGCAGCAGUCCUGGUAGAAGUGCUACUUCCUCCUCCGGCGCUUCUCAUCGCAGAAGACGCGACCUUGUUUUCGGGCGGAAGAACAAAAGACCACCGACCCCGACAACAUCUCGUCCAAAUGCCUCUGCACUGUCGCCUUCAUCCGGAACAACAGUUUUGCAACAAAAUUUAGCGACCAUUCAUCCCAGGUGGAGAAAAACCUCACAACAGAAAACUAGUACAAUAAUGUCCUCGUCUGCCAAGGUGAAGCGGAAACGGCGGCGCUUACUGGCAGUAAAUCCAUUAUUUCGCCGACCCACUACAGCCGGCGCGUUUUUUCUUCUCGGCGCUGCUACGUCUGGUGGAGUGUAUGGUUUAGAUGAGAAGAUGGCGAGAUGGCUGGAGGAUAACAUCGCAACGCCGGUCUUGAAUGGCGAAAAGAACGGAGACAUCAUUUCACCAGAGGAAUUUGAAAAGAGACGAAGACUGCAAGAUGAAAAAAGCGGCGAUAAUCUUCCGAGUACGGGCUUACUCGCAUCAACUUCAUCGUCAUCGAAAGCGGCCAGUAGGAUGUUUCGCGCCGGCGAUGCAGUAGAUGAACAAGAUGCGGAGGAAGAAGAGCUCGAGAGGCACCAAUUCCUUCCCCUCGGUAUGGCUCCGGACACCCCGCCCGACCGGGUCGCUGACGCCAGGCGCUAUUUAGUCAUGGAAGCGGAGCGGGAGCGCACCGGUUGGAAAUACGCGGAAGAGUGGAGCAAGUACAGUGGGAAGGAAAGAACGAAGGCAUUGUCAUCAUCAUUUUCGAGGACGUCCUCGCGAGCCUUAGCAGCGACCGAUGAUGAACAUCAAAUAAACGCCGAGAAGAACAACGUGAUGAAACACGCCUACGGUCACUCCGCCGUGACGAAAAACGUGCAAUUUUUCACCGAAUCCGACCAGUGGAAGCCAGAUUCGCUGCACAACCGCGCGGUGCAUGCGCAGCAGCGGAAUUUGCUGCACGCAGACAACCCAAACUUUCCCAAAGCGCUGACACGGGGGGAAAAACCAAUGAUAAUAACGCCAACCACGGACUACGAGCGACUGGUUCAACACGAACAGGGCAAGAAAAAGCCGUCCAAAUUUUUCCUGCACGAUCACAGCGAGAAGUCGGUGGGCGCCCGGAAACUGAGGAAAUUGGCGGAGCAGAGGCAUCGGGAACAUUUAUCUUCCGUCGACAACUACUUGACGAAAGAGGAUCCGAAACUGGUCAGCUUGUGGGAAAAGAAAAAGAGCAACUACAAUCCAUUCACGGCGGAGGAGAGCCAUUUGAGGAGAACGUCGGAGUUGGAGGCACAGUCCGUUCGGAAGAACUCCGAGCACCAGGUUGAUGAUCCUUGCGCAGGAGCAGCAGAGAGGGAGCAACAAGUAGAUUUCGAAUCCGACAAGCUCCUCCUGGAUAAAAAGCACGCGGAUCAGCAUGCAAGGAAAAGGUUAAGGCAAUUAAAAGCGUCAACCGCUUUCCUGGAAGGGGGGUACAAGGCGGUGGAAGAAGACCUGCAGUCGCUCCCGCUCGACGAGCAGGCGAAUUUCCGGGCGAACCUGCAGGAGUUGGAGGACAUAGCGGAGGAGUUGGAAGAGAAUAACGUGCUGCACGAGAUCUCUGACAACGACGGCGAGCACAACUUCGAAUCCGUUGGUCUAAACGGGAAGAACGAGCUGUCCGUCAUCGAAAACAGCGAGGAGGAGCAGAAGAUGCAGAUUGUCCGGGAUCUCCGCCGAGCUCUCAAGGACCAAAGAGCGGGCAUGAAAGUAGUGGACGUCGUGGCGAGGUUGCGGAAAAAACACGAAAACCGGAGGAGAAGAAGGCUAGAGGAGAUAGAGCAGAACCAAAUUUUGAAAAUUAAUGCCGGGGACAAAAAUAAAUCGUCGAAUGCUGGGAUGAAGUGCAGUGCAGAAGGCAGCAAAGGAGCAAGCAGUUUGUCUGCAGAGAAGGACCACAUCCGCAACCUAGUGGCCGCGGCCAAGGACGCCGACUUGGCGCAGCAAGAUGAAUUCCACAAAAGGUCUCUCUCCUCGCACGUCACCGGCACCUUCUUUGUCGUCCAACCACGAGCGAUCGCUGGGUUUUACGACGGGAGAGACGAGUAUUGCAAGCAGUGGACGGAAUCCCCGCCGGUCGUUUCCCGGCUGAAUCCCCAGUUCCCCCGCGACGGGACGGGCAUUAUGGAGCAGCAGAACAAGGCGUGCGGCGUCGGCAUCAUCAACUACUUUUUCACCAUAUCAAAUGCAAAAAUGUCUGGGUCUGGAAACUUGUGAUGCUAAAAGUGGAUGAUAGCCGGACUGCAAUAGGCAGCAAAGCAUGACAAAUUUUUGAGCUGCUAUGUGUUGCGUAUUCCGCAUGAGAAACUGCCUAGGGCCAAGACGACACCGUGAGGACGACCACAGGGGUCCGUCUCAAUGAAAUGAAAAUGACAGAUAGGAGAUGCUUUUCGUGCUCAUGCAUCACAGAUUCUCGAGUCAUGUCAGACAUGCAUGACAAAUGUAAGAAUCUUCCAGACCCAGACAUUUUUGCAUUUGAUACACCACGUCGGACGUCGAUACCUACGCGUCGAACCCCUCGAUCCAGCAAGUUGUCUCCAUCACGUUAAAGUGGGCCACGUUCGUGAUAUCCGAGACGUGUGAGAACCUGCUCGACGCGUCUGGUGGAUUGGCCAUUGCCUCCUGCCGCUUCCAGGCGAACGAGGCAAAGUUCUUCUUGUCGCAGGGCUUGAAGAAGAACACGGCUUACACCCUCGCCGUGCGGCACUACAACCCGGAAACCAUCGUGAGGGCGAACGUAGCGAAUGCCGCGGGUUUGAACGCGGUGGCUGCGACGUUGGAUUCGAGAGGGUUCGUGAUCAACACGGGGGCGCAGACGGAAGUGCUACGAAUCGGUGAGCCGAACGACCCCGGGGCGAUCAACGUCAGGCAGUACGAGCGAAUCGACGUCAGGAAGGGGUCGCUAGCAGGUAUGCCUAGAUUGUCGCUGGUGUUGCCGUUUUUUAAUGGAUAUAAUCAUAUUCUCUAAUGUGUUUAGUUCGUGUUUCUCUGUAUGUGAACUGAUUUGGUUGGUUUUGCUAGAAAAAAACAAACCCUCUUCUUCUGCAUCUUGCAUAAGUAGAAAAAGACGAAAAAGCAGCAGCAACAUACAUUCAUGACACGUGUCAGGUGUGAACAUCACGAACCCGGACAUUGCGACCGCGGUUCGCGGGCUGGUGGUCCCGGCGUCUCUCCACUUCUCGCACCAGUACCUCGCCGUGGAGAACACGUUUUCGCUCAUCGUGAAGUUCCACCAGGGCGACAACAUCGAGCAGCCCACGCAGCCACAAUAUCCUGUGUAAAAACGUCCCCGCCCCAUAGUCAAGAUGGCGAAUCGGCUAGACAAAUCCACACGUUUUGGCUGUCUUGCAUGACGCCGAUUAUAUAUACCUGGUCCUAGAUAGAUCCGGUGCUCGCCGGGCUUGCGAUCUCCCUUUCCACCCACCUGGAGCUACCUGCGACGACGCGGCUAUCAUGUGCAUUACUCUCAAUUGGACUGUGGCCUUCCGUGGCAUCCUUGGGUCUGACUUCUCCCUCCUCGUCCGAAUAUUCACACUCGCCAUGGCGUGUAUGAAUAUGCCUGCGGUUCUGUUCCCCCUGCGCCGCUUUGCAUGUUCUGGUGUGGUUUGCUGGCCUCAUUGCAUGUUCUUGUUUUUGUAUGUUGGCCCUAUGCUUGUUGCUUUGGCCGUGUGGUGGCCCCUAUAUCUCGUAUGCCGUUGCUAAUGACCGAUGCCACCAGUCAUAGUCCAAUUGAAGCCUUUUACGCGUCUCGGGUUUUUGCCUACGCCAUACCCUAAGUCGGGCGAGUCUGCGGCUGGUCGCUCCGUACCUGUCUUCAAGUCGUCCCGGGGCACGUGCUGAGACUCUCCGCUGCGUCUCACGACUGAGCCGCCCGGUCCGUAGCUGCAGAAGGACCGUUCGCACCCUCAAACCAGCCUCACCAGCGCACGAUUGGAAUCUGGCAGUUGCCCUUCAAGCCCUGGCGCUAGGGCGAUUCCGACAGCUUGACACCCCCGACCGCCGGGAGCCAGAUUUUGUGCUUGGAGAGUCAACACGCUUUUUCUACGACCACGCAGCGCUAGCACCACAGUACCACUUCCGGGCUCCCGCAGUUGUCCCUCAGCCUCCCGAUGCCUGGUGGCAGAAUGCGUCGCUGUGGCUACCCGGCUAUGGAUGCUGGUGAAUUGCCUUCCUGUGUUCUGGUUCGGACUAAACGUUGCUGCUGAGGAGGGACCGGCCUGAAAUUUCGCCUGCCUUGGAUUCUUUGCGCGGUUCCUGUCAUUGCUACUCACUAAUUUGUCACAAACGAAUAUUCCUCUUUGCCAAAUGCCACCGCCCUAAAAAAAAAAAAAAAAAUAGGUGAGAAAAUCAAUAAAGGAUAUCUAGUCGAACCAGCGGGAGCGUGUCCCGGAGCUGCAGGGAUGCUAACAAUGACCUCGAAUACAAAUUCUGAGCCUGAUUAUACCCUCUACGGUCCGGCUUUUCCGUCGCUGUUGGUUCUUCUAUGUGCCUUCAGAGGACUGGCUGGACCUAUACUACCUUACUGCAGCUUCCAGGGCCGUCCUUGUUUUUCUGUUGCGGGAGGUGCCUGGUCCAGCUGGUACAAUUCGUGGGUUCAUGAGGUCGAUUUGAGGUAGUUGUUACGUGUGGUUGGUCUUUCGGUUCUGCCUGAGUAUUUCCUUUUCAGUCAAAUAUUUAGUCUUCUGAACUUCGACUUCUUAUCCUUAUUUCUCGCCUAUUUAUUGGAUGAAGCUAAACAGCGCCUCUGACUUAUUAAUGUUUUUGGCGUAUGUGACUCAUCCAUAUAUCAAUGUGAAGGUCUUGUCGCAGGAGUCUGCAUUUUUGUUGCUGUGCUCCUGGUUUUGGCUUUCUAUAUGUUUAGCGAGUUGGAAUUGUUGGCUAAGGUUGGCGUAAUUUGGCAAAGUGGGAUAUGUUGGUGUGAAGUGUGUUGGAAUCGUGGCCGGGAGAUGAUGGUGAUGGCACUUCGGUGUCCGCCUGACCUACCUUCCCUGCGUGACAGCCAUCUGCGGCUGUUUACAAAGGGGGAGGCAAAGUGUGCCGCACUUCUGUUUAGCAUGACAAAUUUGGAUUCGUAGUGUAGUGCUGUUUGAGCUAGCCCAGCAGCAUCACGGAUCUAGUUCAUCAUGCUGAUUGGUGGAGGACAAAUUGCAAAACGCGACGUGAUCAUGCUUCUCGUACGUGGGGCUCCGCAUGAGAAACAUUUUCAGCAUGCAGAUUUGCAUUACAGCUAUGGGUUGGGGACGUUUUUAAAUACGAUGCACAACCCUUGCAGUUCAUCAAGCACAACGCGAAGCACCCGGCGGCGGACACCGAAAACGCACAGCAGCAAUUGAACAUUCAGUGGGAAUGGGACGACGUGCUCGUCAACCUCGGGUCCGGGGGGACGCCGGCCGGAAACCGCCCCAACCAAAACAUCCGCGGGUAUGUGAACGGCUUUUCGUGGCGACCGUCCGCGGAGUACGAUUCCCGGCAGGGAACCACGGGUAUCCUGUUCACGUUCGGCUUCCGGUUCUACGGGACGCUGCGGGCGCCGCAGGGACGGGCGAUCUUUUUAUCGCAACCGAGUCACGUGUGGGAGGUCGCGACCUUGUCAACGGAUGGGGGCGCGACGGAGUGCGUCGGGGUGCAGUACAACCCGGGCGUGGGGCUCAAGUGCAACACGUUCAAGUACCCGGGGUACCAGGGGAAUAACUUCGCCAACGGGAUUUUCUUCUUCUACGACAGCGCCGCCACGGUUGCGAUCGACACGAAGAUCUCCCUAAGGCUGAACAACCCGAACGUGGCGGUCAACAUGUUCUGGCUGGCGUAUUCCUACCAGUACAUGAACGGAAUUAUGCGGGCGCCGUUCACCAUGGAAUUAGACAAGCCGAUCGCGUAUCAACUGCAAAUAUGUCUGGGUCUGGAAAAGUUGGAAUCUGUAUUGCGUGUUUUGCACUCCUGUAAAAUCUGCAUUGCGUGACCGACAAAAGCGGGAAUACUUUGUCAUGCAAAAACGUAGUUUCUCAUGCGCAUUUCACAUGAGGAAGCGUCCUGAAAAUUUGUCAUGCUUGGCUGCGCUCAGGAGUACGCUCAGUCAUCGCAACUUAGCAUCACAAGUUUCCAGACCCAGACAUAUAUGCAAUGCAUAUCGCGACGCAGGGGUACGGCAGUGGGGACGUGAUCUCCACGACCUCCUUGGCGGUCAACGAAAAGAACAAGGUGACGCUGCUCUUCCGCCCGGGAAAUACGGUGAUUCCGAUGUCCUCGGUUUUAAUUUCAGGCUAUCUCGUGAUACUGCCGCCGACCGGCUUCCAAGUGGAUAGGACGGGUACGGGAUUUUUUAUUGUUUCAUUUGCUGGAAUUACAAUUAUGAAUUAGAAUUGUCGUCUUUGUUGUAUGUAGUGAGGUCACCGAACGGUUCUAACCGGGGAGUUUUUUUGCCAUCCAGCCAGCAAAACGCCCGGCAGUUUCCAAGCGGCCGGAGGGCUUUUUGCACAAAAAAAAAUUUCAAUUAUCAAGCGGCUCUGGCUAUGUCGGCACCGAAUCGCCAGCGGAUUCUAUCGAUCGCCGCUUGGUAAAACGACGCAGAGAAGCCAGCAAAAGGGGCGCCCUUCUGAGGCGCCCGGCGCACCUAAUUCCGCCGAUUUGGGGCGCCCAAAAAGGAGCGCGAAAAAAACGCGCCCAAAAUCAGAACAGCGAAACAGCAUGGCACGGCCGCGAUUUCGCAGCAUUUUGGGCUUCCGCGAAAGCGGCCGCAUUUUCGCCGGUUUCAGAGCCUGGGAAGCUUUGCAAAAAGCGCCGGCUAGAAAAAUAAAAACGCAGAAAAGCAAAAGCGCGCCAGACACGCAAAGCCAAUCCGCAUGCUAUGGGCCCGAUUUUUCUUCGCUUUUUGGUCGCCCCCCGUGGCACCCGGAUCGGCCCCAUAACAUGGGGGCUGGCUUUCGGAAAGGAACAUCGGGAAUUUGCCGAAAUUUGCGACGUUUAUCAAGCGGCCGCCAUACCGUGCGGCCUAACGUUACUCACGGCGGUGUGGCGAGCCCAGAAAAAGCAACGCCGCGGCCAAGGCGACGGCCGGCAAGAAAACGCCCACGACCUCACUACCUCCGCCCCGGCGGCUAUAUUUGGUAAUGAUCGUUUUCAUACGAGAACUCGUUCUUGUACUAGGCACAUGCAUGCUGCAACGAAAUAUUAAGCGAAAUGGUGUCCAUCUCCUAAACUGUCAAAUACAAAACUCAGCCGCCCCCUCUUCUGUCGCGGGCUACAAUACCCUUCCGUGUUCCGAGUGGCCCGAUGCGGACCAGCAGCAGAACCGGUGGCUGUGCAACCUUCGGGACAUGGCCCUCUUUCGGGAUGCGCAGUAUGCCGUGCAAUUGGGCGUGAUCAACCCGCCACAGCCCAUGAUCAACACGGCGUGGCGGGUGGAGGUGUGGCAACUGGACAGGUCAAAGCCGCUUGCGACUACCCGGGAAAUCCGAGGCAUUUCCAUCUCCGGCACCAUGGUCGCGUCGUUUGAGCCGUUUAAUCAGGUGCUCGGGAACACCAACAAGAUCACGUUCAAGUUCCAACCCUCCCGAGAUGUCACUAUCGCCGCCAACGCAACCUUCGCCAUCACGGCGCCCGCCGGGUUCCAAAUCAGCAAACGGUGCGCGGGCUUUGAGCGAGGAACCUUGCCGGCCGACACGGUGUGCAAGGGCACCGAUGACGUCGAGGCGCGGCUGCGGUUCCCGGGGCAGAACGCGAUCAAGGGCGGGGAGCUGUACGAGUUCAAAUUGGACGUGAUCAACCCGAGCCAAAACUUGCUGAACACGCCAAACGUGUGGCGGUUCGACACGGUGCGCCCGGACGGCAUUGUGAGCGAUACGACGAACUAUCCAGGUAUAAGAAAUUUUUUGCAUUGAAGAUUCAUCUUGAGAUCAUGAUGUUCAUGGGUUGCUAAAUAAAGCGCAAGCAUGAUGAUAUCAGAUCACAAGCCUUUUUGUACGUGCAUAGAGAAGAAUGGAGCGCAGCAGGCACGUGCUUAUAGAACCUCUACUUGCAGCCAAUAAAACUUCCACCAGGUUUUUUUCUGUACCCCUCCGAGUUCGCCUCGUUUACCGUCGUCCCCAGCAGCCGGUUAGCCGGGGUGACCAGAUUAGACGUUCGCUUUGUUUCAAAGGUGGGGAUCGCCACCGGCUCUUACAUCCGAAUUAUGGCCCCGAUCGGGAUCAAGUGGCACCGAACGAAUCCAGCGUUUUCCACCGCCUCCUCCGUCACCGGGACGAAUUCCAUGUCCACGGAAAGUCCAGUGAUUGGCUCCAGCUCCGCGACGGACAACACGUUGGAUAACAUGCUCCUACUCCGGUUAACGCAAAACCUGUUUGCGGACUUCGAGUACGGUGUGGCGCACAACAUCCUUGUCCCAGCUCUCACGCCGAUCCCGAACCGGUACUGGAUUGACACGUAUGUGGAGACCGGCGACCCGACGGCCGGGGACUUCGACUACAUUGCCAGUCUCGGCGCGCCAGGGUUCCGGACGCAGGCGCUGUUUAAUACAGAGGUGAUAUCAAAUGUAACAAUGUCUGGGUCUGGAAGAUUCCGGGAUUUGUCAUGCUAGUCCGGCAUGACUCUGAGCUCUGUAUUGCGUGGCCGCAAACGGCUUCUCUUGCCUGUCAUGCAAAAACGCAGCUUCUCAUGCGGAGUACGCAACUCUGAACCUAACCACGGAAAGACUUGUCAUGCUUGGCAGUGCAUUUUUACAGUAUGCGCAUUUUUCCCUGACUGGCAUCACAAGUUUCCAGACCCAGACAUUUUUGCACUUGAUAGGUGAAUGCGUACAACAACGUGGAACUCGCUUGGAACAACCCGACGACCAUACAGUUCGAGACCACGACCGCGGUGACGUCGAUCUUGUCCGAACAGGGCACGGUGUUGAAGCAGGCCGAGCUGUACAUCCAGGCCCCCCCGGGGUUCACUUUCAUCUGCCCCACCGGCGGGUGGAACCCACCCACGCAGGUCAUUCCGGACGGGUUCACGAAACUGCCCACGGACGCGGAGUGUUACAUCAACCACCAGGUAGCGGAGGAGCGGCGCGUGGUGCACAUUUUGUUCAAGACGGUUGGUUUGGCCAUGAACACGAAGUACAUCUUCUUGGUGGAAAUCGUGAACGCCGCGAGUGUGAACCCGACGACCAACAAGUUCGUCCUGGAGUCCCGGUUUGACAAUGUGAAAGUCGAGGGAAUCACGAUCGACGGCUACGAUUUGGCGAAGCCGAUGGCGAACACCCGGUACGCCGCGGCGGGCAUGUUGGACACGGGCGAGGACAGAACGGUCGACGCCUACGACAACCAAGUUUCUUUUGUCAUGGGCGUCACGCAAAGGAUGAUCGCGAGCAGUGUGGUGGAGGUACUCAAUAGAAUCAACGCAUAGCGUUGUAUGAUUUUUUUCUGCUAGUAGUACUAGUAGAUCUACGCUAUCUUCAGGACACCCAUGACGCGGCAGAUUGAUGUGAUGUGUGUGUCGGUUUCUUCUCUCUAUUCACCCCAUGGAAGUAUCGUUGGGAUGUUGGUGCUGAAUUCAUUGUACUGAACAGUGGAGCUGAGUUAUUUUCAGAUCGCUGAUGAAAUGACAGUAAUUGCAACUCAACAUCAAAAUGUGAUUCAAAAGGUCGGCGGCCCGACCGGUUUCCUGUUUUCCCCGCGUUGCAUCGGGCACGUGGGGUGGGCCCAGAAGUUCGCCUCUGCCGAGACGCUGGUUUUCCCCGACGUGACGGAGUGCGUCUCAAUGGCCGCGACCACCGGCGAGGGAAACAAGAUCCGGAUCACGGUGGCGACCGCCAUGGAGAUCGGAGCCUAUCCGUUCUUCGUGAAGGUGCAAAACCCGAAUUUCAACAUUCCCACGGAAAAAAACUACUGGACGAUCCGAAUCUACGAACCGGGAAGCAGCGUCGCCACCAUGGCAGAGGCCUGGGUGGUCGGGUUCGAUAUUCAGGUAUGGUUAGUUUGUAGAGUGAAGAAUGGUGGACGAGGUCUUCUUCAGUAUUCGGUUUUUGCUUUGUUAUCGCGUUUGAAAUGCAAUUUCAUUUUGUGUGUUGUGAUGCAGUCGGUCGGAAUCAAUAUCAAUUGUAUGCAAAAUAAAAAUAUCUAGUGCCUAUGUACUUAUCAUUUACAGGUCGUGAAAGACGUGGAGGUGUUCCCCUACAACCCGGGCAACGGCAUUCCCGGCGAGGCCGCCCCGAACCCGCUGGACAUUCGGUUUAAGCUGACCACGCGAUUACCCUCGGUCUCCGAAGAAGCUAAUGGAGCGCUGAUAUUGGUCGUGCCGCCGUUCGGGUUUCACUUCCCAAGUGUGUGCCGCACCUUCAUGACGGACCCAUACGCGGGGGAUGCGACGAGCCCGUACAUGGCUAUUCCGUCCACGACAAUUUGCAAUCCGCCGGACUUGUACACGCCGGAACUGAUUAAUCUUUACUACAGGCUGGGACACCCGAACUUCUACCUGGAAUUCGGACAGACGGAAACGGCGGUAUAGAACAGCUACAAUGAUGAAUACCAGCUUUUUUGUUAUUCGUUUCGCGAGGUGGAGGUGAAUGAAGAUCGGAAGUGGUUCAUCUGUCACGGCACUUACUCACAAUGAACUAGCCGUGCUCUACUUGUUGAUAGAAAAUGCCUGCUUUCUUCAUUCAACAUUCAUAUAUGCAACAAUCGGUGAACAAUCUGCAUAUCAAAAGUUUCAACGAUCGGCUACAGAUUUCCGACGACAUCCGUUGGGAGAUUUAUUUCCGGGAGGAACCUCCAGGCACGAUUACGCGGAUGUUCCGGGUGCGAUCUGUGCCUGCCGGCGGGCCAGCGUACGCCAGAUUAGUCCGCGCAGGGUACAUCUUGGAGUCGAUGACCUGCUUCCCCGAGGCCACGGGGGCGAACGGGGUGACCAGGCAAGAGGACUGUCUGAACGCGGGGAAAAAUUUCGCCGCCCUUGUGGAAUCGAACUGCGGAACGAUCGACGGACAGGUUGCGCUGGGCGCGACGCCGGCGAUUCACGAGGCCUUUCUGAACAAGUUCGCGGAUCGGGAAGUCGCGUUGGACCAAAUUUCGGACUGCAUCGCGCAGAAGGUGUGGAAGAUCCACUUCGACGAGUUGUUGGUCCCCGUGGAGAUGCGGCUCUCCGGCCCGGCACUGAUUUUGAAGUUGGGAGAAAACACCCACAUGGUGGCGGAGCAGCUGUACGCCUUCCGCGUGAUGGUAGAGAACCCGAUGCAGACCUUCGACAACGUGCACGAUUUAACCCGGUGGUGGACCAUUGAGACCCGCACGAUGCCGAAGCCCAGCGUAAACAAGCGGUCGCAGAUCAAGGACCGAUUGGACUUGAAUUACAAGGUGCACAGUUUCGCGGUGUACCCCAGGAUCUCGUUGUUUCAGCUCCAAACCUUGAACUACAUUGGGCAAAGCGAGACCGAUGUGAAAAUCUCCUUCGACAUCAUUUCUGAUUUAGCCCCGCAAGCGACCAUUCUCAUCACCGCCCCCACGGAGUUCCAGUUCCGCGUUUGGCGGGGCGAGAACUCGCUGACUUUCGGCGACCCACCGUUGCCCAGCUACCCCUGGAACCCGCCACGCGAUGGGUCGACCGGCCUGUUUUUGAACGUUUUACCGGACGGCACGGCGCACAGGCCCUGCAUCUCGCCGUCGAUAAGUGCGGCGGACUACCAGGUGAUGGACCAGUUGUUCCCCAGGAGUGCGAUCAAGGACAUCACGCGGUUGCCCGAGUACGUGUCGUGUGUCGUGAUCAAUGCGUACCAAAUUAUGAUCACCAACACGGAGCCCGUUCGUGGCGGCCGGACUUUGAUGGCCGGACCGGUGUAUGAGUUUCUGAUUGAUGAAGUAGUGAACCCGCCGCGCACACCCUUCACCGCUUCAAACCUGUGGCGGAUCGUUGCGAAUACCACUACCGCGCUCGGGCAGGAGGUGUGGGCGACGUAUCCUGAGUAAAAACAUCCCCACCCCAUAGUCAAGAUGGGGAAUCUGCUAGACAAAUCAACAAGCUUAGGUUGUUGCGCAUGACAAAUUUGGGCUCCUAGUGUAAUGCUGUCUACGUCGUCCAGCAGCAUCACAAAUCUAGCCUAUAAUGCUGAUAGAUUGGAGCAUUACAAAUUCCAAAACACGACUUGGAAAUGCUUCCCAUGGGUCUCCGCAUGAGAAACAUUUUGAGCAUGCAAAUUUGCAUGACAGCUAUGUGCUGGGGACGUUUUUACAUAGGAUACGACAGAGGGGUGGGUCAUCUUUCCGGAAUUGGCCAUCACGCGAAUCUCCAGCGACAACCCGGCCAAUGGGCUGUUUACGACGUUCACGAUUCAAGUCGGAGUGUUGACCACAGUCCCCGGCCAGGGAUCGAUUCUGCUUCGCGCCCCGCGGGACGACUUUUACUUCGGGCCACGACUGGCGUUUGACGGACCGCCGCCGGAUCUGCUGAACCCGAUCCCCCGCGCGUCUGGGGGCAGCCCGCCGAGGCCGGCGAAGGGCGGCCCGGACCUGCCCUGCACCAUCGAGGCGCCGCAGCCGCAAGGGAAUCUGCAGUUUAUCUGCCCGAUAACCAAGACGCCCUGCGAAGAGGUAUGAACAUAGGAUUUGGGCCGUUUAUCGUUUUAGUGUAGAAGUUGUAAGUUGUCUAAGUGCACUCUUACGUACAAGAAUCAAUUUGAUGUUCUUGACAAGGGGGAGUAUCGUAUGAAAGAUGAAACAUAAAUUACUAGUAGUAGCAUCCUGGUGUCUACUGUUCCUUUUGUUGAACAAAUCACAGAAAGCGCGGCUCGAGGCCUUGGACCUCGGGCGUUCUGCGAAGGACCAGCUGUAUGCGCAGGAAAUUCAGGCCCUGGAAUUUCCCUGUCAGCAAGUGACCGCGGACUGCGCGUCGCGGCGGUACGACAAGUUGUUCUCCUGCAAGUACCGAACGAUUUUGAAGGAACAGGUAAUGACGCCCGCGGAGCUCCAGGCAAACCAGGACCUCGUGACCGCGUGGAACUCGGCGAACACCAAGCAACUGACCUGGGAACCUUUCGAGGCCCAACUGGAGAUCACGCUCGCGACGGACAUUUCGAUGAAGCAGGACCAGGUGUUGACAUUCUUGCUCACCGGGUACAACACGCUGUAUCGGAAUUUCACCGCGUGGCAGAACGAAUUUACGUUUUCCACCAGAAACGCGGACUCGGGGAAGACGACCCUGGAUGAGCGAAAAGGCGUGCCCGGCUUCAAGCUUUUCGGUGUGGUAUGGAUUGCAAAAAUGUCUGGGUCUGGAAGAAUCCGAGUUUGUCAUGCUAAAUCUGAUCGAUGCAAAAAUCUGUAUUGCGUGACCAGCAAAAGUCCUCAGUUUUGGUUACCAGAAGCCGGCAUUUCUCAUGUGGACUUAGCAUUGCAUAGCCUUCUCAAAACUUGUGAUGCUAGAGCCCACAUUCCAGACCUUCUGGGUCAAGCAAAAUAUGGAUGACAAACCCGGCAACAUUCCAGACCCAGACAUUUUUGCAUUUGAUAUGUGGUCUACGUCAGCAAAAUCGACGCGCAGGAGACGAAAGUGUCGAACACCUACAACCGGGUGGAGAUCACCUUCCGGCUGACCAAUCCGGUGAAGCAACGAGGGCUAAUUAUUCUGAGGAAAAACAUCCCCACCCCAGAGUUGCCAUGCAAAUCUGCAUGCCAACAAAGUUGCUCAUGCGAAGCCCCAUGAGAAGCUAUUUCUAGUUGUGUUUUGGGAUUUGUGAUGCUAGGAAUAGCAUGAUAUGCUAGAUCUGUGAUGCUGCUGAACUAGCUAAACAGGUUUGCACUACGAGGCCAAACUUGUCAUGCGAAGCAACCAAAGUUGGCUGAUUUGUCUAGCAGAUUUCCCAUCUUUAUUCUGGUAUGGGGACGUUUUUACUCAGGAUAUUAAUCCGGAUCCAAUACCCUACGAAGUUCGAACUCCCGCCGCAGUCCGGCGGCGGCGCGGGAACCAACACGAUUGAUGUCAGUGAAACCGUGCCGAGAAAGGCGAAGCGGAGCCAGAGGGGGAACAUCAUCGAGUUAGACAGUGAGGACGAGGACUUCCCAGCUGGGUUAGACAUGAUGAUCACGAUCACUUUGUCCAAUCCCGACAUCUCCCCCGGGCCAUCGGAGAACAUCUGGAUCUUUGAGACGUUUGAGGUGUCGCCACAAGCACCAACGGGAACGACUCCGCCCGCCUCAGCGCUGACCAUGAUCGAUUUGAACCGAGACGUGCAGGGAUUCCGUAUAGGCUCUUUUCGAAGUAGAAGGAAGAUGCUUUUUUGUUCGUAUGACUGAAGUGUCUGAAGAUGCAGAUGCUGAUUCAGUAUGACAGUAGUCGCAUGAGAUGUGGUUUUUAUUUUGCCCAGCAAGACGCCAGUAAAACAAUUUUAAGGUAUUUACGGCGCGUUCCGUUCGACGAACGUAAUUUCCACCAUUGACUCUCCGACUGUGGUGAACAAAGUCGCCGUCAUAUGCGAAGAAAAAAGUGUUACAUUUACACAUGGUGUUGCAGGCAACGCAAGACAGACAAGUUGUGUCAUGCUGGAUAUGCUUAGGAGCCCGCUUCCAUAUUACGUGUUUAUUUAUUCCCUAGUGGUCUCUGCACUGCAAGUUUUCUCUGUCGUGCGGAGAAAGUUCUUUGUGUUGCUGAAGUUGCAACAAGCGUGUAACUACUGUAACAUUUUUUUCUUGGGAUACGGGACUUUCGUCCUCGAAUCCGAUCUCCGGUUUAUUCCGUGCAAAAACGUCCCCACCCCAGAGUCAAGAUGGGAAUUUUGCAAAACAGAUCCAGAAGUUUUUGCGGUUGUGCAUGACAAGUUUGGGUCAGUAGUGUAGUGGUCCUUGGCUAGUGAAGGCACAUCACAAACCUAGCUCCUUAUCCUGAUUGGAGCAUGACAAAGUCCAAGACAGCAUGAGAAAAUGCUUCUCAUGGGCCUCCGCAUGAGAAACAUUUUGAGCGUGCAGGUUUGCAUGACAACCGCGUCGUUGUACUUGAGGAUGUGUUAUAUGUCUCGGGCGCACGUACAUACUAGCCUGCAGGGACGGCGGAGCCGGAAAAAAUGGCACAGUAUGGUUGGUGGCGAAAUCAGAGUUGGAAUAUAGUGGCCGGGAGAUGAUGGUGAUGGCGCUUUGGUGUCCGCCUGACCCACUCGCCCUGCGUCUCAGGCCACCUGCGGCUAUGGCACAAUGGGGGGGCAAAGUGCGUCGCUUUUUGUUUAGCAUGACAACAACGGGGUGGGGACGUUUUUACAUAGGAUACGGCUCGACCCAACCGCGCGCUUGCAGAUCUACAUGCCUGUCGGCUUCAUGCCCGUCGAGCUCUGCGGCGACUGGUCCCGGUCUUACCAGGACGGGAAUCUAGUCUACACGGAGAUCCCCCGUGGAACGUCCUGCCGCGCGAUUAGCGACCCACUGGAGCCGGCGAUCGAGUUGCGGCCCGGGGCGGUCUAUGGAUUGCAAAAAUGUCUGGGUCUGGAAGGUUGCAACUUGUCAUGCUAACUUUGGAUGCUAAAAAAAUCUGUAUUGCAUGACCAGCAAGGGGAACCAAGUUUGUGCUACGUGGGGAGGGCAUUUGUCAUGCUGUAGGGGCAUCACAAAGCGCUCUAAAAAUCUGUGAUGCUACGGCAUGCAUCACAGACAUCAUGGGUCAUAGAAAAUAUGCAUGACAAAUCUAGAAAUCUUCCAGACCCAGACAUUUUUACAUUUGAUACGGUCAUCCAGUACGGGUUGGACUACGCGUUUCAAUUUGAGUAUGGGACUGUCAGGAUCGAAAUCGACAAAAUCGAAAAACUUGUGAUGCACAAAAUCGAUGCCAGUUAGACCCACAGUUUGUAGUCGGCGCAUGACAAAUUUCCCUCGUCCUGGAAGCGAAUCUGUCAUGUGGUUUAGGACAAAAGAGCUUCCCUCUGUCAUGCUUGCCACCAGCCCAAUUCUUGACCCUUAGCAGGACUACAAUCUGCCUCCUUUGCGUUCUCUGCAAUAGAGUCACUUUUUGUGUCGCAUUUUCUGCAUGACAGAUUAUUUCGACUUUGUCGAUUUCGAUCCUGACACAUCCAUAUUGAGGUCAUCAAUGCGGCUUAUAUCACGGACGAAAACAACUGGCGGUUCCAAACCAUGCUGAACAACGUGGUCCUGCACUUGGACAGAAACGUCUUUGGGUUCUCGCUGCAGGAACUGCAGGACGUAUAGUUUUGUUUUUUGAUUUGAUCUUGAACUUGAUCAUGAAGAAGAAGUUUGUCCCACCCCCCGGGUGGCAUAAUUUUGGAUGUUACAGGUCUACUUGUUCCUUUGUGUAUGAUUUAUUACACGGGUCGUUUUGAGCAACUACGUAGAUAUUUAUGAUGUCAUUGGAGUACUUCUUGUGGUUCUGUAGUGGUACUAGUAGAAUCCAUGCUCUCGUCAACAUCAAUCAGAUUUCCGUCCAACCCUACGACACCACUCGUUCCGUGAUGGGUCGAUUGGCCGUGCAGAUGCGAAGUACAAAGCUCAUCACCGGCGCCUUAUGGGAGUGUCAGGUUUGAAAUCGACAAAGUUGAAACAACUUGCAAUGCAGAAAAUCGAUACCAGUUGGAAGCCCAAUUUUCAAGCAAUGCAUGACAAAUUUUCCGAGCACCGGAAUCCAAUUUGUCAUGCUGUUUGGGCACAGACGACUGCUUUUGUCAUGUUACUUUAGCAGCUCUAUCUCAAACCCUAAGCAGGCUGACAGUCGGCCUCACUUGCCAUCCCGGCAAGACAGGCACUUCGUGCCUUGCAUUUUAUGCAUGACAAACUAUUUCAACUUUGUUGAUUUCAAACCUGACGCUUCCAUACGCAUCCGACAUUGUGAUCACCGCGCCCAUCGGGUUCAAGCCGCUGAUAUCGCAAGAAAAAACUGUUUCACUGUAAACUUGUAAUGCAGAAACUGCAUCUCAGAAGUGUUUGUCUUGCUACACAUGCAAGACAGGCGAUUUUUAGCUGUGUUUUCCCUUAGGAACCUCGCAUGGCAAGUUUUCCCUGUCAUGUGUAACGAACUUGUCAUGCCAAACUUGCAAAAUCCUUACAGUGAAACACUUUUUUCGCGCGAUAGCUGAACACGCUGUUCACCAUCCUGAACAUUCCCGGCGGACACACGCUCGCUUCCACCACCACGUCGACCAAGGAUAACAACAAGGUGACCUUCACUUUAGAUUCCCAGGACCGCGUCGAGCCGAAUCUGAUGUUCGGGGUGGAAGUGUGGAUCACCAAUCCCGAGUUCACGCCCGCAGAUAACGUGUGGAAGUUCGAGAUCACGGAUCAGGCCAAGAAUUUCAUCGAUAUCAAGCAGCAGUUAUCAAAUGCAAAAAUGUCUGGGUCUGGAAGAUUGGAACAGUUGUCAUGCACAUUUUGCAUGACCCAUGACGCCUGUACUGCAUGACCCAGCAUCACAGAUUUUGUGAGGGCUUUCUGAUGCCUGAAUACCCCCUCCGCUGAGCAAAAACUGGACUCCUCUUGCUGCUUACGCAAUACAGAUUUUUUUCGAAUCCAAAGACAGCAUGACAAGUUCCAUCCUUCCAGACCCAGACAUAUUUGCAUUUGAUAGCAGUACCCGGGUUACGACAUCACGGGCGCCAUGUUCACGGACGUGAAGGCGUAUCGCAAGAAAAAACUGUUUCGGUGUAAGCUUGUGAUGCAAAAAAUGGAAGAACACAGAGGCAUUUGUCUUGCUACCCAUACAAGACGAGGGAUUUUCAGCCGUGUUUUCCCUUAGGAAUCUCGCAUGGCAAAUUUUCUUCGUCAUGUGUAACGAACUUGUGAUGCAGAACUUGCACAAUCUAAAUCCAUGCCGUGAAACACUUUUUUCGUGCGAUAAGGCGGGGUUUCCCACAAAGUCCAGGGCAAACGUGAUUGAGGUGAUCUUCGUGCCGACCACCAUCAUGAACCAGGCGGACUUCGAGAACAUUUUUUUCCUGAAGGGCCCGGCCGGGUACCGGUUUCCGCAGGUGUGCAACCCGGAAAUUUUCGACCUGAAGUACACGAACCCGAUGGAAUAUCCAGGAAAAAAAAAUGUGCAAGUGUAACUUCAUAAUGAAGAGUGGCAUCUACUUCACAAAUUCGUUUUGCAUUUUUACGGUCAAUAACCUGUCAUGCGCAGCUAGUACGUGGAAACGCGUAUGAAAGUUGUGGCCUAUGACACACAUCCAGCAUGACAAGUGUAAACAGUGUUGCAUUUUCUGCAUUUCAGACUUACAUCUACACAUUUUUUUUCUUGCAUAUGGAACUGGAAACGAGUUCCAUGGGCCAGCAGGCCAAGGACACGGUGUUCCCGCCGGACAAUCUGCAGUGCAUCGGCUCCGGGAACGAAACGGUCACCAUCAAAUUCCCACGCGGCUCGGGGCUGUUGGUUUUCAACUACACAUUGACCCUGGAAGUGAUGAACGUAUCACAUGUGCAAAAGAAUAUCAUACUUCUUUCGAUACUUUAAUUGCAAUCUUCUUGCAUGACGGAUUUGUGUUUGUCUCCCUCCGAAGGCAAAUCAGCAUUUACAAAAUCCACAUCAAUAUUUGCUCAGCAAGAUCUACUUGAGUAAAUUUGUCACGGAGAAAUUUCAUACAGAUAGAUAGUGCGAUCAUACUUUUGCAAUGCAUAGAAGGCAGCGGAAGAUCACGUGGAGAACAUUUGGCACUUUGAGACCAGGAAGAAGGGCUCCUCAGCGGAAACGGCUUACACUAUUGUCGAUGCAAACCGGACGAUUCCCGGCUUCAGACUGCAGGACUUGGAACUCGCACCGGAGGAAGCGGGGUACGCGAGUGGGCGGUUUGGGGUCUCGGUCUGGAACACGAUAGUUCCUUUGCUGAGUGCAUUGCUGCUGGUGAUGCUGAGCAGUGGCGGGACAUUCUUUGGGGGGCGGCUUGGAGAGGACCAGCAGGGGACGAGAGCGGGGCGAGGCAGGAGGCGAUAGCGAAGGAGGUCAUGAUCCGUCGGGGACGGUACCUAUUUCGUGGUGUCAAAACAACUUCGUUGUAGUAGGAACUAGGAACAAAGAUGCACACAAACAGCUACUGCUGGACUUUUUGUACGCAAAAAGAAAAAAUUUCUGUUGAAACCGAGAGCAUAACUCUACCUUAACGAAGAUCUUCACUGUCAUUGUCAAACCCUUGUAAGAAUUCUUCAAGGCUUGCCGUUUCCGCCCAAGCCCUCUGAUAAGUUUCUGCCAAAUAACAAAGAAAACCCAUGCGCUUCCGACGGAUAAUAAAUAGGUCAAGAAUAUAGCCUACGCAGCUUAUUGGAAUUGAUGAACUUGCACUGGAAAGAGUCGUCGAAAUCUUUUGUAACUGAGCUCAACCUGGUUCUUGCUUUUUUUCCCUCAUAUACAACAAACUGCGACCUUUUUUUUGUCUCUUGAAUUCAUCACACUUUGAAAAUGAGUAAAUGCAAAUAGAAUUGACGAAAUUAUCACAACCAGCAGGCUUGUUGUCCUGGAAGUUCAGGCACAUGUGCUCUCCAUUUGCUCCUGUGCGCUGUGGUUCUAGGGCAUACAACCCGCUGGUUGCAGUCACUAGGUAAAAAUGAGUUAAUAUUCCUCAGCGGUUUUUCCGCAAGACUUCUGAUCUUUCGAUUAUACGCAACCAAAUUUGAUGAGGAGAAUCUUCUAUCAAUAUUUACAACCUCCAAUUGGGUCCUCCGAUGCAAUGGUUCUUAAUCUACUCUUCACAAAAGUCGAGAGGUGGUAAGUAUCUAUCUUCUACAGUAUGAAGCAAGAGGACGCUG